CCGUUUAGGUACAGCCAGAGUAGAGUAGAGUGAAAAGAGUUGACUCGCGAGAUCACAGACUAUGCACCUAACUGCUCUUUAUCCGCUCCAACUCCGUUUUGACAAGCCGAACUCACUAAUACCAAAGUUUCCCAUACUCACAGGAGAUGGUUUAUGUUAACUAUUAACAUUGUCACUUUCAAAUUUAUAGGGUGUGGCUGUGGUCCGAAUAUAACCAGGGUUGUGGUUUCGCGGUCCAAAAGUAAUCAAAUUACUCUGGUUCCUGGAAAAGUGUUUUCUUUUGGACCUUGGUUUCCUGAAAUCUGGUUAACCAAAUGUCAAAAUAGUUACCGGCUAUCAAAUGUCGGUUCACUCAAUGGUUUUAUCUGUAAAUUCUGUCAAAUAUUUUUUAUUUCAUAUUCGCGUUUCCCAAGUAACCAGAAUUCUCAGUAACCAUCUGUCAACCGAUUUGGUUACUUUGGUUCAAGGUUGUUUAAAACGAGGUUGCCUUAUAACUUUUAUGACGUCAUCUGUAUGCCUCAACAUAAUGCAAAUCUCCAUAAGGCACCCCAGAUGCGUCAUCAAGUUACACAUUACCACGUCACCUAUGGAACCAGUGCCUUUUUGUCGAUCCAUAUUUUAGGAGUUAUUAAACAAUAAAAAGAUACAGAGAAAAGCGCUAAAAAUUUUAAAAACAAUGGGAAAAUUUCAGUAGAUUUUCCACUAGUCCAAAAAAAAUGUUGCUUGUAGCACUAUAUUUUUUUCUUUAGUGGGUUCUAGUGAAUUUAAAUAUCGUUUCUAGUGGAAGCUCUUGGUUCAGAGUUGGCAACACUGAUAAUAAAUAAUGGCCGAAUAUUCGGCCAAAAAACAUGGCCUAGGACCGGCCGAAUAUCCGGUAUUCGGCCAGUGACUCAAACCACUAUUCGGUGCAUCUCUAACUAUAAUACAAUGGUAAAUGGUAAUAUGUUUUUGCAAAAUGUUAAAGGCCGGGACACAUCUAUCAUGCAUUUUUCCGAUCCGACUCCGAUCAUACAAUCAAGGUCCUUAUUCUUGGAACAGGGCAGCAACAUUUCCAGGAGAACAAGUGUUCCGUCUUCGUUACUCAUAUUAUCAGUUGCAUAUCAUUGAGAAAGACAGAACACAUGUUCUCCUGGGAACUCUGCUCCCUGUUCCAUGAAUAAGGACCCUCAUUGUAUGAUCGGAGUCGGAUCGGAAGAAUGCAUGAUAGAUGUGUCCCGGCCUUAAAGUGGCCUAAUAUUGGCCCACCCUGUAUAUUAUGGGUUAUUAAGUUAUCUACCGCCCAAAAUUACCUAUUCGGAAAUAAGUUAUUAAAUUAUAAUGCAAAAUAAGUUAAUAAUUCUUGAAUAUUUUUGCUUCUUACCUCAAUAGAUGUAAUUGCCCUAAUGACAUCGGCAGCAUCAGAGAAAAAUAUAUUAAUUAAAGUAUUAUCUGCCUUUAGGCACAUCCUGCAUAUUUUAUUAAAGUCGUACAAAUUAAUCGAGGACAUUAUUUGAAUUUUAAAUCAAAAAUUAUUUAAAAAGUAAACAAACAAGGAAUAUUUGAUGAUUGAGGUUAGGUUGACGUUGACACCGAUCCGUCUAUGAAAGUUAAAGUUCGAGUAGACGUAACUGCUGUAUUGUUUUUUUUUUAUCCUUGUUCUUCUCAUGAAAACGAAAAAAGACGGAAACUGUUCCGUGCGCUAAGUGUUUCAUAACUAAAUCAAGAAUGGCCAGGAAUAUACAAUACAACAUGAAGCUAGCCGAUUCUGAGGGAUUUUUCCAUCUCCACUAAUUUUAAUUUUUGAUUUUCCAACACAACAGUUUAAUGGAAAUAGUGGAAAGUGAAGGUUGACUGUGUUGUGUAAAAACAUCUCAAAAGGAAAAACAUAACCUAAAAGCACUGGAAAACGCAAUAUGAAUCAGCAACCAAUCUUCCACAUCAUCUUGAUCGCUUUAAUUUGCGUACAACUUUCCAAUAACGCUUCGAUAGAUUUAAGCGAGGGCCUCUACAACGAAACCGACCACGUAGUAAUCCUAACAGCGGACAAUUUCAAAAGCACAAUCGUCAACAGUAAAAAAGCCUGGCUAGUAGAAUUCUACAACAGCUGGUGCGGAUUUUGCCAAAGAUUUGCCCCUGGUUGGAAGGAAUUCGCCACAGACGUAAAAACCUGGCAAGAUCUGGUUGCUGUGGCUGCCCUAAAUUGCGCCCACGAGCACAACUAUGCCUUGUGCAGGGAGUACGAAAUUAUGUCUUAUCCUAUGCUUAAAUAUUAUCCAGAGGGGUUUGUUGAGGCUCCUAAAGCCUACGGACAUGCAAUGAAUAGAGGCAACACUGUUACUGACCACAGGCAAGAUUUAGUCCAAAAAAUACUAAGUGAGCUAAGAGAAGGAAGAGGCAAACAAUAUCCAAAUUUGCAGCCAUAUAUUGCAGACAACUUAAAUGACAUUCCACUAAACACCUUAUUAAUAAUCCAAGAACCAGAUUCAUUAUUAGGCCCAGAAUUAAUUUUGGAUUUCCACAAAAAUAAUAUUAAAUAUGUCAUUUCAAACAACACCAAGCUUUUAAGCAAUUUGCCACAAGAUACAAUACCUAGUUUGUACGUUAUAGGGCAAGACAAACAAGCUGUAGCUUUGAAACUGAAUAGUCGCGAUAGAAAAGGGUUUCAGGAAGCUAUUAGGCGCAAUUUGCAAAUUGAGGUUGAAGCAGAGGAAAAUGGGCAAAUUGGGGAUGCAAGGACAAAUUUGGAGAAGGUUAAAGGAAUGGGUGAUGCAGUGUUCCAAAUGGAUUUGGAGAGUGCGUUGAGGUACUCCCUAAAACGCGAAGUAGGUGGUACCAAAGAAAUUUCAGGCGAAAAACUAAAGGCCUUGAGGAAAUACCUACAAGUCCUUUUGGGAUAUUUCCCUUUCAACCAAAACGGUAAAAACCUGCUACAAGAAAUCCUCACCUACGCUAACAGCGAGGAAACAAUACAGGGUGCGACAAUUGGAAAAUUAGUCAAAGAGGCGGAAAAGGUGGAAAAACAAGUGUUUAGUACACCACAAAAAUGGCUAGGUUGUCAAGGCAGUUCGCCUCAAUACAGAGGCUACCCUUGCGGUUUAUGGACAAUGUUCCAUUAUCUAACAGUAAACGUUGCCGAAUAUUCAGGCCUCAAUCCUCGAUUAGCCCUAGAAGCGAUGCACGGCUACAUUAAAAACUUCUUCGGCUGUUCAGAUUGCAGCCAGCACUUCCAAGACAUGGCAAAACGUAGAGAAAUCGAUAAAGUUGCCACGUUUGAUGAUUCAAUCUUGUGGCUUUGGAUGGCGCACAAUGAAGUCAAUCAAAGACUUUCUGGGGACCCAAGUGAAGAUCCAAGUUUUCCCAAGAUUCAAUUUCCUUCAGAAAUGGCCUGUCCAACUUGUCGGCUACAAGACGAUUGGCUUCACACUGAAGUGCUUAAACAUUUAAAGCACAUGUAUAACAAUCAAAAUAUUCGCUAUUUAGGGGCCAAUACGAAAAUCGCCUUUUUAGGGCUUGAAGCCAACAGCAGCGCCGCCCACGCGGGGGUACAAGAGGAAGCUGUACCUGUACAAGCGCGAUCUUUUGGGCAAAGUUUAAAGGAUGGAAAUGGUACGUCUUCAUCGAUGGCCAUGGUUAAAGAUAAGGCAAAUUUUAGAUUUAUAAUUUUCUGUGUGAUAACAUUUGUUGGACUAACUGUGUAGAUUUAGGAGGCAUGACAGUAAUUUAGAAAUACUAACCCAAAUGUGCCAACAUGUUAACACGAAAUUUUAAGACUGAGUCGUCAAAAUGUGCAUGAAAAAUAUGCCUGUAGGUGAUAUACAGGCAUGCUAUUGGUUGCUUUUUUAAUAAUUAAUAUUGAACCAUAUCAGUCUCUUCAUCCUAUCAACUGUUGGGGUAAUCGUUUUUCUUUGCCAUGAAAAAUCUAAAAUAAUAAUUUGUUUUUGCAGAGAAUACAAAUUAAAAAAAUAAGGAGACAGCUGAAAAAAAAACUAACAACUAAUUGUAAAUAAAUUUUAACAAGAUUGUAAUUAUUAAUUAUUGACUAUUAUAGUUUGUGAUCCCUUUAUGUCUUGUUUUUUUUUUUGAAUUUUUAUAUACAAAAUGUUAAAUAAAUAAAGUUUAUUUUGUUUAAAAUCU